AUGUCUGCGCCCAAGGAGGUCGAUGAGGCCAUCUCGUCCUCCGAUCACGACCAUGGCUUCGGUAGUAGCAGGUCUAUGCCUGUCAACUGGCUGAGUCGCUUUACUGGCAAGAACACGAACAUAAACCUGAACGAGGUCGGCAAGGAUUAUUUUCAGCGCUCUCUGCAGUAUGACGAGGCGCAGCUAGAAAGGGACGCUGUGAAGGUCCGCAGGAAGCUUGACUUUUAUGUUUUGCCGUUGAUGAUGAUAACAUACAUGUUGAGCUUCCUCGACAAACAGACACUAAACUACUCCAACGCAUACGGCCUCCAAGAAGACACAAAUAUGACAGGCGAUAACUACUCCUGGGUCUCGUCCGCGCUAUACAUCGGCUGGCUGGCCGCCGUGUUCAAUUUCGCCGGCUUCUUCGCCAUCCGCUUCUUCCUCGGUCUGUUGGAGGCGGUCGUCUCGCCCGCAUUCAUUAUCCUCACAUCUAUGCUGUGGACGCGCGAAGAGCAAAGCCUACGGAGCUCGUACUGGCUAUCAAUGAAUGGCAUCUCCGCUAUAGUUGGUGCGUUGUUAGCGUAUGGCGCCGGACAUGCGGAGGGGCUAGCGGUUCCACAGUGGAAGCUUAUAUACCUGAUCGUCGGCUCCAUGACAAUAGCCUGGGGCUUCGUGAUCUACGCGUACCUCCCCGACGGCCCGCACAACGCAAAGAUGCUUUCCGAGUACGAGCGCAUCGUCGCCGUAUGGCGCAUCUCGCGGAACCAGACAGGCCUCAAGCAGCCGCAGAUCAAUACAUCCCAGAUCAAAGAGGCUCUGGUCGAUCCGCGACAAUGGCUGCUAUACCUCAUGGCCAUUUGCUACGGUAUUCUGAACGGCGGCGUGGCCAACUUCCUAGCGGCCAUAAUCAAGGGUUUUGGAUAUAGCCCGCUGCGCACGAGUCUGCUGCAGACGCCUGUUGGCGCGUUCGAGCUCGUCAUGGUUAUUGCGUUUGGGUAUCUUUCAAAGGUACCGAAUAUGCUGGGUGUCACUAUUGUUCUAUCCUGCAUCCCCGGCCUAGCCGGUCUAAUCGGGAUCAUGAAAAUCAGCAUCGAGCGCCACCGCUUCGCCCUCGUCGCCAUGUGCUGGCUCCAGGGGAUCCUCGGCGCCCCCGUGAUUCUGAACUGGACUCUGCCGGGCCUCAAUACAGCGGGACACACGAAGCGGAGCACGGUGCUGGGUAUCUACUUCGUGCUCUAUUGCGCCGGCAACAUCGCCGGUCCUCACUUCUUCCUCCCCGACGAGACACCGCGGUAUUCCACGGCGAUCAAGGGCCUCGCUGGUUCUUACGCGGGCGCCAUGGGAUUGCAGGUUAUCUACACGGUGUAUUGUGCGUGGGAGAAUAGGCGGAAGCAGCGCGUGGGUCUUUUGGAUGAGGCGCGGGCGAAUGCGACGGAGGUUGCGAUGGAGGGGUUUGAGGAUUUGACGGAUAAGGAGAAUCGGCAUUUUAAGUAUAGGAUUUAG